GACUGAGUGACCGAUGCUUCAAGCAGAGCGGAGAGAAUGGAACUGCCCGAACUCUACGCUGGCGCUAGUCCGUUUCAGAAACGCGACGCUGUGCACGUACUUACGCAGUACCUUCCUCAGUUCGAUUGGGCGGAGGGCGAUGCUGUCUUGGACUUCGGUUGCGGUGAUGGCGAUUUAACCGAAUAUUUGGCCCGCUGCAUUCCCAGGUGCGCUUCGUUGACGGGCAUAGAUAUUUCAAAAAACAUGAUCGAUCACGCCAGACGCCAUCACCAAGAACACGAUUUGCGCCUCGGGUUUCAGCAAGUCGACAUCAUGAAAUGUAUUGACGCAAGGGAAGUAUUUCCCGAUGGAUUCGACAAGAUAUUUUCCUUCUAUUGUCUGCAUUGGAUCAAAGACCAUCAAAGGCUAAUGGAGCAUAUGUACGACAUCCUCAAGCCAGGCGGGGAUAUCUUGUUGGUAUUUUUGGCAUCCAAUCCUAUUUUUACCAUGUACGAACGCAUGGCAGAACGGACGGAGUGGGCCGAAUACAUGAAGGAUGUUGCUGAAUAUGUUCCUCAUUACCAGUACGCGGCUCGACCAGCUGAAAUGUUUGCUUCUAUUUGUCGCUCAGUCGGUUUGCAGGUGGUCGAAUGCACGGCCCAGGAAAGGAGCUUUUCCUUUCAGAACAUCAAUAUUGUUAAGAAUGCGGUGGCUGCUGUCAACCCGUUCCUUCGUCGGGUCCCUGUUCGGCUACGCGAGAGCUACCUCCUGGAUUGUUUGAUGGAAUUGCAAAAAUUAAAGGCACCAUCUGCAGAUGAUACAACUGUAGCGCGUUACCGCUUGAUGAUUGCGCACGUUCGCAAACCAUAAGCGCAAGAUGGUUGUCGGUACUAGUGGAGAGGGGCAAAGAACCCGGAGGGCUCAUUUAAGACAAGUGCUAAAAUAGCAAAAAAAAAAAAAAAAAAUUAGUUAUCUCAUAAUCCGCAUCAAAGUGAGUAAGAUGAUGAAUCUAAUGGCUAACCGGUGCUGUUACUGUAAAUAAAACUUGGGUGGUCAUGGGAUGGUUACAGCCAAUGGCUGCAGUGAGUGAUUCCAGUGACGAAAAGAGCUUUGAAAAAUUAACGAAUAAAAGAAAAAAUUGAUGAAAAAAAACAAAACAAAAAAAAAACACAUUGCGGUACAGUACGGGUUCGAAGUGGAAAUAAUGAUCUCGUUUUCGGGGUCGGAACAGUAUGGAUGGAGUUUUCUAGAUUUGCAUAAAGGGCGGUCGAUGCGGAUUUUUUGUAGUCGCGUAGUAGUAAAAAAAAAAAAAAAAAACCCAUAAUACUCCCGGUUCACUGAAAUCAUAAAAAAACAAAAACAAAAAGAUGUACAAUACGGACUACGUGUCGUACGUUACAUUUGGGAUUUGAAAUUAAUACAAGUAUAAUCAAGCUGUG